GUAGAGAGAUGCCUUGGCAUUGGAAGCUCUCUGCAGCAUGCUGAGGAGACGUAACCUUCUUACCACGCUCCUGAUUGCCUUGCCAUGGGCUCUUCUCCUAACCUUGUGGCACCAGUACCCAACCACCCACUACCUCAGCCUGCUGAGAAAAGAGACAGAUGAGAACGUGACCUCUAAAGCUCUCCUCAAUGGUACAUCUGCACUGAGAGAAGAAGGCCUCCCAUCAUGCAUUCGGCAGCAGCAAAGCAUAGGGGCAAUGCCUAAAGUCAUCCAGAAUUAUGUGUACUCCAGGCCUCCCCCAUGGUCAGACACCCUGCCGACCAUCUUCGUUAUCACCCCUACCUACACCCGGCCAGUGCAAAAAGCUGAGCUGACCCGUCUGGCCAACACCUUCCUACACGUACAGAACCUGCACUGGGUGGUGGUGGAGGACUCGCCCCGCAGGACCAACCUGGUAUCCAACCUGCUGGAGAAGGCAGGGCUCAACUUCACCCACCUCAACGUGGAGACGCCCAAAAGUCUGAAGCUGGGCCUGUCCUGGAUCCCAUCCCACACCCCAAGGGGGACACUGCAGAGGAACCUGGGACUGCACUGGCUAAGGGACAGCUUCAGCAACACCACACCACCUGAAGGGGUAGUGUAUUUUGCCGAUGAUGAUAAUACCUACAGCCUGGAGCUAUUUGAAGAGAUGCGCUACACAAGGAGGGUGUCAGUCUGGCCAGUGGCUUUUGUUGGAGGGCUGCGAUAUGAAUCCCCAAAAGUGAGCCCAGCAGGGAAGGUGGUGGGCUGGAAAACCGUCUUUGACCCUAACCGGCCCUUUGCUAUUGACAUGGCUGGAUUUGCGAUCAGCAUCAAGCUGAUUUUGGAGAAGCCUCAGGCCAGUUUCAAGCUGGAGGGAGUUAAAGGAGGCUACCAGGAAACCAGUCUGCUGAAGGAUCUAGUGACUAUGGAUGGGCUGGAGCCCAAAGCAGCCAACUGCACAAAGGUGUUGGUCUGGCACACAAGAACUGAGAGGCCCACUCUGGUUAACGAAGGCAAGCGUGGAUUUACAGACCCCAGAGUAGAGGUGUAAGCAGAGAGCCAGCUCCAGGGUAGGCAGUGGGCAGUGAUUGUUCCUGAAGUUUGUCAGCAACCACAGCAGCUGCACGCCCUGCCUGUUCUGCCCAGCGUUCUGCUCCACCACCGGAGGAUGAUAAACACCCCCAAAUGUCACCAUGCCGAUCAGCUCCCACUGCCCAAAAGGUGGUAACAAGCAGGGACAGAGCUGAUGUGGUGCCCUGUGAUCCUACAGCUCUUUACCUUUGACUUCGUGCACUGGCUCCCUUCCCCACCUGGGAGAGGAGUGCUUCCCUUCCCCUGCGGGCUCUGUGUUUUUAACCAUUUGUUAAAAUUUAUUAGAUGCAAUCUCCAUUCUCGGCUGUGCCAGCGUAGUUGCUGAAGUCCAGGAUGGGUGCAGGUGCCUCGGAAGGUCUCUCCUGGAAUAUCAUAAAGCCUGAGCUUCAGCACAGCUGCUGCAAGCUGCAGUGGUUCAAGGACAGGAGCUGUCACAAAAGCACAAACGCAGACCUCUUGGCCUGAGGCUGGUAGGCUCCCAAAACAGCUUUAAAACAAAGCUAGCCUGAGAGAGGCUCUCCUUCUGAAGGAUGCACUCAUACCUACACGGAUCAGCCUUCAGUGUGGGAGAGAGAGCUUUGCUGAAGCACCUCAUUUGGGGUUUGGGAAUUCCAAAGGGAUCUGGUGCCUACGCCUCGGCUGAGAAUUUGAACUGCCCUCGCUUAAGGUUGUUUUGGAAAAUACCGGCCCAGAGCCCUCUGGAUAAAGUCCCUCUCUGGCUCAGGGAGAUCCAGCAGGUACCGUACCUCAAAGGGCAUGCCUCCAUGUCUCGCUGCAGAGACCAGAAAACAGGGGCAAAGAUGGGUGGACUUGGAAGUGGUGUACCUAGCCUGGAACCCUGCUGCAGCACCAUCGGGUGCUUCAGUAGCCUCGAAUCAUGUAUCCGGACUUGCUUCCUAGACCUCCAGAAGGGAAGACAAAUCUCUGAGGUGGAGGUGGGUGAGAAAUGCUCAGAGAAGAGGAACCCUCAGCCUGCGCUCAUCUCCUGUGAGAACAUCAAGGAAUGUGUAGAGAUACCAUCAGGAAACAUAUCUUGAGCACAUAGAUGACAACUGAAAUAGCAAAUGUGACAAGGUUUUCCAGUUGAACUUUGAAAAGCAUGUGUGGUGCUGCAAAGAGAGAGGAGGCAGUGUCAUGUGGAAGGGUUUCCCUUUCCCUCAAUAAAACAGGAAAACAGCCAGGUGGAAGGCAGCCCACAAAGGAGGAGGUGGCAAAUGAGGACCGAAGGAAGGAUGCACUGGAUUAAAAGCACAAGUGUUGGAACCAUGUGUGUGCGUGGGGAGUGGUGUCACUGUGACUUUUCCAGGAAGAUUCCUUGAACGACCCAGAAACCCCUCUGAGCACAUCUUGAAAACCAUCUUCACUCAGGCCAUGAGAAACAAGGCUUUAGGCAUUCAAAACACGUCGAGGAUUUCACAGCUGGGGGAAAUUUAUAAGCAGCUGAAUCAUCCCCCUCCAAGAAAUUCUGGACUGACAGGAAACUUAUUUAUUCGUUGAUUUAUUUAUACUAAAAUUCUUCUCUGCCUACUCCUUGUUUAGUUUUUGUUUUUAGCUUAGAUCACCUGACACAUUCAUGAAGAAAGAAUAUUUCCCCCCUCUCCCAGGAACGGUAGAGCUUGGAGUUCACGGAUGAAUGUCACAUGUUCUGUGCUCCCCAGGGUUUCUUUAAAAUGUUUUUUUAAACUGGCAAAAUAAUCAGAAACACAGCAAGGAGGGGAGUACAGCAAAGGGAAUUACAGCUCCUUUAUGCAAGAGAUGUGGGUGGUACUAAGUUUCUGGCUCCCGAGCAAUCAUAGCAAGGUAAAAACUUAUGCGAAGGAGUGCCUCACUCAGCAGAUAGUCCCCAUGGGAUCUUGAGAAGCCUCUGUGAAAGGGGCUCAUUGAAGGGUAUCUGAGAGAGGGAGUUGGUCCGUGUUCCCUCAAAUGGGGGAUAAGCAGCCACGCAUCCUACUGGAAGAGGGGGACUAAAAUACAGGAGGGAGGAGAAGAGGCAGCAAACAGAGAAAUGCAGCCUGCGUUUAGUGAGGUUUAGGCCAGGGCCCUUCUGGAUGAACACCCCCUGCGAGCACUAUAAGGCCACGCUGCCAGCCAUCUCAGCAUGGAGAAAUACUGAAUGGGACAUGAAAACAGUGUCUUCUCUGUGCCCUACAAAGGUCCUUACAGAGCAAGGGUCUGGCAUACUGGCACUGGAUAGCAUGAAGGAAGCCUGAUGUCCACCAAAUACUUUUCAUUCUCCAUUUGUCAGAGCUUUGUGUCCUGUCAUCUGCAGGAGGUUACAGGCCUUGCACUCCAGUGAGCUUUGCCAAUUCAUCCUGCCACCAGACAGGUGGGUUCAAUGCUUCCACCCAUCAUUAAGCCAAGAUUAAGUCCCCGUCUUUGUGGUUUCAAUGAAUGAGCAAGAACGAGAGAAUAAGAGAGUUGAUUUUUGAUCCUCCAUUUUCGCCUCUGAGAUGGGCAGGGUUUCUGCCCGUAUGAACAGGAGGGGAUAUGGUGAUAAAUUCCUUGGCCUUUAAUCUUGUGCAGGUCCUCUGUAGGGUUUUGGCACUGACAGUGGGUGUCUGUAGCAAAAAUCUAUUCCCAUUGCAAAGGAUACCCCCAUACACAUGAUUUUACAGAGUUGUUCUCUCUGCAUCCCUACAAGAAAGCAAAAUUAUUCCUGUUUUUCCCACUGGGGACCUGGAUUCCAGUGAUAUGCGCCACACUGUCAGUUCAGUGCCAGUCGGAGUCUGCUCUCAAGACCAGCCCUAUUGCACUGUCUCCAUUCUUGCCUCAGCCUGGCCCUGUGGAGAAGAGUUUCUGUGAAUCAAGAAAUUCUGUCAGUCACUAAACUGUGCAAGACCAAGACCUCGUAUGGACAGCAUGGAUGUACACAGCUGAUGCUCCAGGCUAGCAGACAUUUGGACCUGUUCAGCACAAAUACCCUUUUCCCUGUAGAGCAGCCUAAGGACUUCAGGGAAUGUGAAUGCAGUGAAUGCAAUGAGGGAAGCUGCAGUUCAAGCCUGAAGUAUUUAAACAAGAGAAGGCAUCCCAGCGCCUGGUUUUUACUAGCAUAUUAGUAUCUGAUAUUCAUGUUCUCUGAGAUUCAUCCAAUUCACCAACCAAUGAAUAUUACUAACAUUUCCUGUUGCAGAAGAUACUGUUGACGAAGGAAAGAGAAUGUCAAGAAAGUACUUUUUAAUGGCUAUUUAUUUAUAUUGAAUGGUACUAGAGCGUUAUUAAAUAUAAUGUGAAUAGUA